UAGUUCUCCUUACUGGAACUGUCAAGAGCAGAUUUAUCCCUCCUACUCCUCAGUCAGUCAGCUGGAAGGAGACUGCACAGUUAAGCUUCAUCCCCCAACACUAGCCCCCAUCAUAGUCCCAGCCCUAAGCCUUUGCCUGUGAAAGAUGAGAACAUUUGGCUCCAAUUAGGGAGUAUAGUUGGCAGCCUUCAGACUAGCAGCCUGCAUUUUUAAAGUAAGAAAAGAAUCAGAGGGGAAGUAAGAGAAAUUCAUGGGAAGGCUACAGAAGGGAUUUAGGAAAAGCACUGUUUAAAGACUUCACAAAGAUGGAUGGAGAGGCCACUACUGUAUAAACACAGCACCUUAGCAAAGGGGGGAUGUAAGUGGCUUUAUGAUAGGAGCAAGGUGCAAGAAAAGAAAUCAUCUUUUGGACUGGUCAGUAUGCAUAUCAUUGUAAGGCAGGCAAACUCAGACCAAGGGGCAGCACACAGAGAGAAGUGACUAUAGGGAGCAUGCAGUGCAUUCCCCCAACAAGCUGACUGAGAGAAGGUGUCCGCUCAGCCUCUGCCAAGUGCAUCGCCUAUCACAGACUUCUGAUAAAACCAUGGGUGACAUCCAGGAAAUUGAGCAUUGGCAGAAAAGGUACAUCUGGACAUUUCUUGCCAUUUUUGCUGGAACAGUGCUGGUAGCUGGAAUUUUCACAGCAUCUAAUUCAGUGUCCUUGGACUCACAGGUAGACUUUGUUGUGGCUCCAACCCCGGCUCUUCAACUGCCCCUUCAGCUCCCUCGCCACCUGCGGAACAAGCGUUACACAUUGACUCCAGGUCUUCUGAAAUGGGAUCAUUAUAACCUGACAUACAGUAUUGUUUCAUUUCCAAGGAAUUUGAUCAAUGAAAGUGACACAAAGAAGGGGAUGGCCCAGGCUUUCCAGAUGUGGAGUGAAGUGUCUCCUUUUCACUUCAAGGAAGUCCCUGCAGACCAACCAAGUGACCUAGUAAUAGGUUUCUAUGGUAUCAAUCACACAGACUGCUUGGAGUCCUAUAUCCAUUAUUGCUUUGAUGGAACAACGGGCGAGUUGGCACAUGCGUACUUCCCUAAAACAGGAGAAAUACAUUUUGAUGACAGUGAAUUUUGGAUUUUGGGUAACACGAGGUUCAGUUGGAAGAAAGGGGUGUGGCUCACAGACUUGGUUCACGUGGCAGCCCAUGAGAUUGGCCAUGCGUUGGGACUGAUGCAUUCCCUCAAUUCUAAUGCUUUGAUGCACAUCAAUGCAACUCUGACCGGAAAAAAACUGAUUUCGCAGGAUGAUAUAUGGGGAAUCUACAGUCUUUAUGGUUGCAAGGAUAAAUAUUUAGUGUGUGCCUCCUGGGCCCACAAGGGUUACUGUGACUCUAGAAAGAGAAUUAUGAAGAAGUAUUGCCCUUACAGCUGUGACUUCUGCUAUGACUUCCCAUUUCCAACCAAACUGCCUACACCUCCACCUCCUAGAACGAAAGUCCGAUUGGUUCCUGAAGGCAGAAAUGUUACUUUACGGUGUGGGAAAAAAAUUAUGCAUAAAAAAGGAAAAGUUUUCUGGUACAAAGACAAAGAGUUGCUGGAGUACUCUUACUAUGGUUACCUUAGUCUCGAUGAUGAUCACAUGAGUAUAAUUGCCAAUGCCAUAAAUGAGGGACUGUACACCUGCAUUGUGAAGAAGAGGGACCGCAUUCUCACAACUUACUCAUGGAACAUACGACUGCAAAUGUGAGAACUCUGAAUGCAGAGCACCGAUAACCUCAUAGACUGCCAUCAGACACGGGAAUAUAUGGAAAUCUAGAGUAGGCCUGAAUUGUUUAGCCAGUCAACCAGUCCAUAUUGAUUGUAUAUUUUCAUUAUUGCAUUCCAGCUGGCAACACUGUUUACUGCUCACAGAAUAACUGAACAGAACUGUGGGUAUGAUAGUCUUACUUCUUCAUAAAGGGGCUCAUAAGGUGGUACAAAACCCAUUAUUGCGUUGACAUUUCAUAAGAUAUUACACAACUGUAUUGUGACUUAGUGGUAACAUCACAGAUAUCGGGCUUAAUAUUUAAAAUAAUGGUAACAGCUAAUAAAAGUACAUUCUUUCCUCUGACA